AUGCCAGACACAUACUCCCUCCCCCAAAAAGUCGCGCUCAUCACCGGCUCCGGCCGUGAAAACGGCAUUGGCGCCGCCAUCGCCCUGGCCUUUGCGCGCAAUGGCGCUUGGGUGGUGAUCAACCAUGUCUCCGACUCGAGUGCGUCUCGCGCCCAGCAAGUCGCUGAACAAGCCCGCAAACUCGGCGGAAAAGCAAUCGUAGUCCAGGGCAGCGUUACCUCACGAGAAGGCGCGCGCAAGAUUGUGCAGGAGGCGAUAGAUGGGUUUGGGGUUGGGAGGAUUGAUAUUUUGGUGAAUAACGCCGGCGGCCCGACCAUCUCUAGCUCGACAAAACUGCUCGAUAUGGAUCCAAGCCAGAUCCAAGAUGACUUUACGCUCAACUACAUGGCCCCCGUCUACAUGAUACAGGAAGUCGUGCCAUUCAUGCCGUCCGGCGGCCGUAUAAUCAACAUUGGCGGCCUCGUCUCACGCAUGUACCUGCCUGGAGCACCGGCGUAUGGAGCUAGUAAAGCAGCCAUGGAUCAUUCGACGCGGGUGUUUGCUGCUGAACUCGGAAAAGAAAAAGGCAUCACAGUCAACGUCGUCGCUCCCGGCGGCGUCCUGACAGACGCACUGCUCGGCCUGCCCGAAGCCGAUCUCAACAACCUGCAGGUAAUUUCUAGACAGCUAGCCAAAGCCGCAGACCGUAUGGGCACGAUUGAGGAUAUUGCGGAUGUGGUGCUGUUUGUGGCGUCGGAGAAGAGCCGGUGGAUUACAGGGCAUGUGUUUGCGGCGGGGGGUGGGAUUGGUGAUUUCUGA